AUGGUGACAUUGAGCAACUCGUACGCGGCUGCUCCAAAUGCAAGGUCGAUCGUCGCUCUCCGCCCCGAGCUCCGCCACCGCUGUGGAAAAAGACCGACGGAACCCUGGAAGACCAUUCACAUCGACUUCGCCGGACCGGUUGACGGGCGAACGUAUCUACUGGUUGUUGACGCCUACACGAAGUGGCUGGAAGUUAGGCGAAUGACAAGUACUACGGCCGCCGCUGUGAUUGAACAGCUACGGUAUAUGUUCGCCACCUUCGGAAUUCCGCAGGUAGUCGUGUCAGAUAAUGGGUCGGUGUUCCUAUCGGCAGAAACCAAGAGAUUUUUCAAAGCAAAUGGCACUGAAGAAGGAUCAAGGUCUUCCGCUGGGCCCCAUCGUUCAAGUACGAGGUGGAGUUCCUCACCUUUUGUGGACAAAGAGCUGGUCUGCAAGUCCAGCACGACCCUCCACAUCAUUGCGUUAUUCUUUGCUGCAUACUGGAUCUUCAACAUCAGGUACAGCGGCAAGGCAAAGGGCACACUUACAUUCUUGGAGCGAGCCCUUCUGGGCUUCAAAGAAACAAAGCCGAAGGCCAGGUGUUUGGACCUUCUUAACUUUUUCGAGUUUUAUUCCAAAUAA